AUGGGAGGUCUUCAAAAGAAAAAGUUUGAGAGGGGCUCUGCCACCAACUACAUCACCAGAAACAAAGCUCGCAAGAAGUUGCAGCUGAGCCUCCCGGAUUUCAGGCGACUGUGCAUCCUUAAAGGCAUCUACCCUCAUGAGCCCAAGCACAAGAAGAAGGUGAACAAGGGCUCUACGGCCGCGAGGACCUUCUACCUGCUCAAAGACAUCCGCUUUCUGCUGCAUGAGCCAAUCGUUGCAAAGUUCAGAGACUACAAGGUAUUUGUACGCAAACUCAAGAGGGCUUAUGGAAAAACAGAAUGGUCUGCAGUGGAGAGACUGAAGGAGAACAAGCCGACCUAUAAAUUGGACCACAUCAUCAAAGAAAGGUACCCCACCUUCAUUGAUGCUCUCCGAGAUAUCGACGAUGCCCUCUGCAUGUGUUUUCUCUUUUCCACGUUCGCCCGAACAGGAAAAUGCCACGUUCAGACAAUCCAGCUGUGCAGACGCCUCACUGUGGAGUGGAUGAACUUUGUGAUUACAUCUCGUGCUCUCAGAAAGGUUUUCAUCUCCAUCAAGGGAAUAUAUUACCAAGCUGAGGUGAUGGGACAGCUCAUUACCUGGUUGGUGCCAUAUCAGUUCGCCCAUGAUCAUCCAACAGAUGUCGACUACAGAGUAAUGGCAACGUUCACAGAGAUGUACACCACUCUCCUGGGGUUCGUUAACUUCAGACUCUACCAUUCCCUCAACUUGGUCUACCCACCAAAGUUGGACAGUAAAGCAGAAACGGAGCUGAAGGAAGAGGAUGAAGCCGACUAUGCCAUGAAUUCAGAAAGCUACUUGGAGAAACUGUCAGCUCUGAGUGCCAGUCUGGCGCGGGUGGUUUCAACUGCAGAGGAGGAGGAGGCUGAAGUCGACCAGUUUCCUGCUGACGGGGAGGACAUGGAAAAUAUGGAGGCCAGGGAAAAGGAACAGAAACAGCAGGAAGCUCAGAAAAAGCUUUUUGAGGGGCUCAAGUUCUUCCUCAACAGGGAAGUGCCCAGAGAGUCGCUGGCGUUUCUCAUCAGGUGUUUUGGUGGUGAGGUGUCCUGGGACAAGUCAGUUUGCAUUGGUAGCACAUACGAGGUGACAGAUGAGACCAUCACGCAUCAAAUUGUUGACAGACCCAACAUCGACAAACAGUAUAUCAACAGGUACUACAUCCAGCCUCAGUGGGCAUAUGAUUGUGUCAAUGCCAAAAUCCUCCUGCCUGUGGAGGACUACUUCCUUGGAGUGACUCUGCCUCCCCACCUCUCUCCAUUUGUGGAGGAGAAGGAUGGAGACUAUGUGCCCCCUGAAAAACUGAAGAUCAUGGCCUUACAACGAGGAGAAAAACCUGCCCAGGAACAGGAGGAUGAGGAGGGUGAAGAUGAGGAGGGUGAAGAUGAAGAGGAGGAAGAUGAUGACAACGAAGAGGAUGAAGAGGAAGAGGCAGAAGAGAAGACUCUUAAGAAGAUGGAAGAACAAAGGUCCCAGGGCAAGUCUCUGCAAGUCAAAGUGACGCCGGGGAAAGUGAAGGUAGAAAACCCAGCACGCUUGGAGCAGGAGGAGAAAGCAGAGGAGAAACGUCUGGCCAUCAUGAUGAUGAAGAAAAAGGAGAAGUACCUCUACGACAAGAUCAUGUUUGGAAAGAAGAGAAAAGUCCGAGAGGCUAAUAAACUUGCUGCCAAGAGGAAGGCCCACGAUGAUGCUGAGAAAUCAAAGAAGAAAAAGACGAGAAAAUGACUCAUCUGAUGAUGUAUUUAUCAGACUGACUUUUAAGUAUUUGUGCAUAACAGGUUCCCAUGUCAUAAAACCUCUAAGUGCAUUAGACAGCUCUGUGAGUGAGUUACGUGCACCAUGUGGGUGCAUUGACCUCUGCAUAAUUUCAAGCUAAAGCGCAGGAUGUGGCAUCUCCUAACUGUGUAAUUAUUAAUGUAAAAGUGUUUGCCUUUAUGUUUGUAUGAACUAUUCUACAUUACACAAUACUUCUUCCACUUUGUUUUAAAAUCUGUACUUGAAAUGGUCUGUAUUCUAAAUUAAACACAACCUAAUGAUCCUGUUA